AUGAAGAUGCCGUCGGGAUCGAAGAUUGAGAGGAGAUCCUCCGUAGAGAGAGAGCCGAAGACGCUCACCACUCAGGAACUCCAGUGUGCCAGGGUAAAUGCGUCUCCAUUAGCUGUUAAUUUCUUUCGAUUACACAGAUCUGGAUGUAAAACCUCCAACGAAAGGUUCUUCUAUGUUGCUCAUCCUAUCCGUUAUCGAUUGUGUUUUUUCUGAGAUCUCGCAAUCGGUGUUCGUCUAGCUGUGUCGGCCGUUUGGUUGACAUCUGUCUCUGGACAUGUCUCUGUUUAAACCUGUUUUCCCUUGGCUGUGAGAGGAAGAACGAAUGGUGACGAACUGUUUCGCGUAGGAUGUGUGCGGUUAUUUGUGAACGUAGUUAUCUUGUCAUUCUAGCUUCCGCCUGUAUUUUCUUUUCUCAUAUUUUCUCUUGCGGUUACUGCAUGCGAUUUUAGAAUUCCACGCUCGAGUAUCCCAGGGCGGGAAUAUCAUAUUCACCCCAGAGCGGGAAUAUCAUAUUCACCCCAGAGCGGGAAUACCGACCCGAAUUAGGGCGACUCCCUCGGUUACAUUUGGACACUUUACCACUGUCUGUUAUCUCCGAAAGGAAACAUUCUCUUCUUGUAAUACAGAAGCGUACCUGCAGCUGCAAGGUAACGACGAGAAAAAAGAAGAAGAAAAGGGAUACUCGAGCGUGUAAUUCCAGCUUCGAAUCUCAGUCAUCGUACAUAUAACGGGGCUACAGAGUAGCGAAAAGGAAACAGUAGUCAAUCUUCAUUGCAGAACGUCAUAUUCACGGUUUCUGACAUAUUUGGAUUACAGUGUGUACUUCCCCAGAUCAGAUUAGUUUAUCGACAGGGAUUCAAGGUUUCACUCCCAUCGAACGCCAACUUAGACAGUGGAAUUGGGCCGGUAUAACUGGCGGGAAGAUGAGCCUUCAAAUCAGAGAUUUGAGCGUAGAAUAAUACCCGAAUCCUUCUGUGAUGGAGAGUUGGGUGCAAGUGUAUUCAUACACGAUCAUCCUCUACGAAAGCACUAUGUCGAAUAUCCGCUUUCUGAGUUGACUUUCAAUCCGGAGUGCUUCUGCUUCUGUUGUAUAAUUAACGCCCAGUUAAAGUCUUUCAAGGAGUAUGAUUGCUCCGAAGAUUUAGAAACCGGGCUAGAGCAUCAGGCGACAUCUUCUUUGGUGUGCAUCGGCAGUAUAUGUACUCCGUCCGUGUAUGGUCGAUGAGGUGUGAGAUAAAACCUGGCCCCAAAUUAUUUUUUGCAACUCCCUGGUCGAACUGUCCCUCCUGGAAGAACACGUAGCUCACUCUCUUGCUUCCACAGGAGAGAGAGAGAGAGAGAGAGAGAGAGAGAGAGAGAGAGAGAGAGAGAGAGAGCGAAAGAAGAGAGAGAGAUGAACUGCCAUAUCUAAUGAGUUUGGCAUCGUGACGAGAAAAUGGGCUUUGGGCUUUGGGAUUUCUCGACCCAUUAACACUUCCACAUGUCAUGAUAUUCAUCGAUCCAUGUCAAAUAGAAUCGAUAUUUAUAACCGUAAUGCCUAUCAUAUAUCCGUCAGAAGGCGAAAUCUGAAUCUAUGCAGUGAUUUGCCUUGUAAAAUUCAUGCUCAAACCGUUGUUGCAGGAGGGAGCGAUUCAGAUUCUGAGAACAAAUACGCUGGAAGAAGCUGUAAGGAUUUUCACGGAGGUACGUUCAUCUUGUUUCAUCAGUUGUAUGGCUUGAACGAGCGGCAAAGGUCUUUUAUAUUAUCGUUUGACUGACUCCUGAACCACGCCUACUGGGCUUUCUUUCUGAUCCAUGGAUUUAAUAUUUUAUUUUCACUGCAUUAACGUUUAUAGGGAGGGACUUUUUUCUAAAUUAGUUGGGCAAAUCAUAAUUUUCCAUGAUUUUGGUAGACAUCGGGAUUUUAACGGCGAAUGUGAAUCGCACUGAUAUUCAGCCUAGUCAUGCUAGAUUUCUUUUUAGCCCUCAGAUCCAUACACCGUCCCCCAAGGAGUUGUUCUCCACUUUUCUCUACCCUUAGCGAGAGAGAGAGAGAAAGAGAGAGAGAGAGAGAGAGAGUCUCACGGGAGAAAGUAAAAAGGGAUCCUAGGCCACUUGGCAAGGAAGGGGCGGUGUCACCACGCCCCCGAACAUCACCAAAAGUAGUGUACUCAUCGUUUGGGAGUAAUCGUUGCGGAUGGCGCAGGAACCUAACUCAGACUUUCCACUUUCAGGGCCGAAAGCCCGUGCUCAGGCCGGGCCAGCGCGAGAGAACAGUCGCACCGGCGGAAGCGCUGGACGACGUCUUACUGCCAGUGAACAGAAAGCGGUCGCAUCCUCUCCUUUCCCGAGCAAAGUACAACGUCUCAUCGCCGUUCUGAGCACCACAGAUCUGUCCCUCCUCACAAUCAAGGUCAUGAAUAAAAGGCAGCCCGACCAAAGCCGCCGAAUUUUACCUUCUUUCCUUAUUUGGGUCUGAAAAUUAAACGCACCCACCCCCCCGGUUUAGAAACUGUCCCUUGGCCCCUUCCGGCCGGCUUCUUGCCUCCUUCCCCUUCUUCAGGCCCCUGACAAACCAUCCCCAAGGACGCACAUAUAUGUAUAUAUAUAGAGAUGCGAUGAAAACAUUUAUCUCGUUAGGCCCGGUUCCUAAGUCGACAGCCACAAACAGAUGUAGAUAGAGUACAUUUACAUAGGGGUUGCUGGUUCCUCAAGACGUCUGCGGGGUCCACUCUUGACAGGUCGCAGCACUCUACUACUGCAGGACAAGACAGCCGUCCUGGAAGAGAGAAGCGGCAGGCGGCGGAACGCUGGUCUGGAGGAGAGAAUCGCCGGGGACCUCCUCCGCUUUCUCCUCGCCCGCCGGCGCCAGUCCGGUGGCCUCGAAUAGGGAGGCCUUCACCUCCUCGAAGCGCUCUUCGGAGAGGGAGACCUCCGCGAGGAGCCUCCAGGCGUAG